CCUGUAUGCCACAGUUUUCUGUUGACGCUCUUAGCUAUUUAAAAAUUGUUUCCAAGAAACUAAAUUUGAACUUUGUUACAGACACUAACAGAAAAGGUCUUUUGGGGGGCUGAGGCAAGAAGGGCCAUGCGGCCGGCGAAGGAGUCUAGACCCUUCAGUCCGGUGCUCUUCCCUCGCGCGGCGGUGGCUCUACGGCCGCGGGAGUAAACACUGCCUUUGUUCCGUAGCGCCUUGUCUCUUUCGUCGCCCCGUCCCCUCACGCCGCCACGCUCCGGCUGGCCCGCCCUCGGUCCCUGAACCCCAUUUCGGCUCGUGCCGCGCGGAUGCGGCUGCCGGGCCUGGGAUUGGGCAUUGAGCGGGAGGAGGAGGAGGAGCGGCGGCGCCUGGGCGGCAUGCGAUGGGGAACUGCUGCUGGACGCAGUGCUUCGGGCUGCUCCGCAAGGAAGCGGGGCGGCUGCAGCGAGUAGGCGGCGGCGGAGGAUCCAAGUAUUUUAGAACAUGCUCAAGAGGUGAGCACUUAACAAUAGAGUUUGAGAAUCUAGUAGAAAGUGAUGAAGGGGAGAGCCCAGGAAGCAGUCAUAGGCCUCUUACUGAGGAAGAAAUUGUUGACCUAAGAGAAAGGCAUUAUGAUUCCAUUGCCGAAAAACAAAAAGAUCUUGAUAGGAAAAUUCAAAAAGCCUUACAAGAAGGGAAGUUAAGACUAGAAGAAGAAGCUUUAUACGCUGCACAGCGUGAAGCAGCCAGGGCAGCAAAGCAGCGAAAGCUCUUGGAGCAAGAAAGGCAGAGAAUUGUGCAGCAAUAUCAUCCUUCCAACAAUGGAGAAUAUCAAAGUUCAGGACCAGAAGAUGACUUUGAAUCUUGUUUGAGAAAUAUAAAGUCACAGUAUGAAGUUUUUCGAAGUAGUAGACUCUCAUCAGAUGCUACAGUUUUGACACCAAAUACACAAAGCAGUUGUGAUUUAAUGACCAAAACUAAAUCAACUAGUGGAAAUGACGACAGCACAUCCUUAGAUCUAGAGUGGGAAGAUGAAGAAGGAAUGAAUAGAAUGCUUCCAAUGAGAGAACGUUCCAAAACAGAGGAAGACAUUCUACGGGCAGCACUUAAGUAUAGCAACAAGAAGACUGGAAGUAAUGCUACAUCAGCCUCUGAUGAUUCCAAUGGGCUGGAGUGGGAGAAUGAUUUUGUUAGUGCCGAAAUGGAUGAUAAUGGAAAUUCCGAGUAUUCUGGAUUUGUAAAUCCUGUAUUAGAACUGUCUGAUUGAAUAAGGUAUUCUGACACAGAUCAACAGACUCGAUAGGGUAAAAUUGUGUGACCUUGUUUAUCAGUUAUGACCAAAUGUUAAAAACCAACUAGAAUGUAUAAGUGAUUGUGCUGAGCCUUUUUGUAAGGGAGAUGUGUAAGAAACCAUGUUGUAAAUGCUUAUUUUAUUAGAAAGGAGUAGGGAUGAUAGGAUCUGAAUUGAUACAGAAUUAAGUGCAAUUUCAUCAUCUGCCUUCUGCUUUUCAAGACCAAUUUAAUGGUCCUGUCAUGUUGCCAAUUAAGUUUAAGUCUUUUCUUUAUAGCAUUUCUGUUUACUAUUGUAGAUUUCCACUUUCCAUUUUUUAAAUUAAUUUUACUUUGAAUGAUUUAUGAAGCCUAUUCAUUGUCUAACUAUGAAAACAUUAAGACUUUUUUUGUUAAUUCUCAGCAGAUGUGAAGGAAGCAUGAGGAGGGAUUGUCAGAUUCAGAUUUAGAAUAGUGUUCCCUUUUCCAGCAUUAUUUAUUUCUAUGACUUCUUUGGAUUUUAUUAUCUAAUAGUAAGUACAGUUGAUUUGAGUAGAUGACUCUAAGAAAUGCAGAAGUAUCAGCAUUACAUGUCCUUAUUUACAUGUCCUAGUAUGAUAAUGUUGAUUCAAUCUGAACAAAAGAUAAUAUAAAAAUAACCCUUCAGAGUUUGGACAUUUCAAGUUGGUAAUAAUAAAAAAUAAUACUUAA